AUGUCGAAGAGAAUAAUGAAUGAAGUGUUUUGCACUGCUGAGGACAUGGGUCUUCAAAUAUUUUACCAGGACUGCGAUAGCAUGCAUAUUUUCAAUGAAGACAUCCCACUGUUAGCUCAGGAAUUUCAGAAGAGAUACGGUAGAGAACUUAUUGGUAAAACAUUAGGUCAGUUCCAUUCUGACUUUGCAGAAAUCACAAAAGAUAAACAAAGUUUAGCAUACAAGUCAAUAUUUUGUGGAAAGAAGACUUACAUAGACUUACUCACUAACGAUUUAAAUGAAGUUGCAUUCCAUGCACGUUGUAAAGGUGUAAAACAAGACGUUCUUGCUUUAACAGCUAAUGAAAUGUUUCCUGAAGCUAUACAAUGCUAUUACAAUGAAGAUAAGAACAUUCACAUACCUGUUGGAACAUAUGACAAAGACUCUGAGUUCAGUUUAAUGAAACUUUACAAAGCACUUCAUGAUGUCAAGAGAUUGGAUUUGACUUAUGUAAGUCUUCUAGUCCUUGCUUUGCUGAAAAGUUUAACUUUUCUAUUCAGACUAAGACUUCAUUCAUAA